GAUCAACUUCUUCGAGACCCGCCAGUUGACGUUAGGAAUACCACCGACACCUUUCACACAAAGCCACAACAACAACAAUAAGCAAAAGAGCACCAAUAGUCUAUUACUAAUAGUCUGAAGCAUGUCAUCUUCUCGUCCCAGCAACAAGAAGAAGUACGGUCCUUUAUGGUUUCAAAAAGAACCAGGAGCCUUGGUGUUGACGGAUGAAUUCAUAGUCUUUCAAGGCAGCAACAACAAUGGUGCCGUUCGGCUGGACUUGGCUCAGGUCAAGAAAAUCACUCCCAAUUUGGCCAGUAGUGCCAAGGCUUUGCUCAAGUUGACUCUGAUGAAUGGUCAGUCCUAUGUGAUUCAACUGCAAUCUCGACAGGCCUUGGAAGACUUGAGAAAGGACAUGAAGGCUCGAUGGGUGGAAGCGCACGAGCAGAGCAUGAGGACGACCCAUGACGAAGAUUUCUCGGAAUCGCAACGGCAUGGGGAUGAUUUGGCCACUCCCGUCUAUCACAACAAACAGCCGGACGCACCCACCAAGCAUGACAUUGUCAUGGAAAAGGCAAAAUCCGAGCGACUGUUAUCGGCUGCAUCACGGACACGACAAUCUCCUCCACCUACAACUAGACGAGCCAGUACCAGUCACGUGGGCGGACAACGGCGCCACCAAAAUUAUUCUCAAGACGAAGAUGAUGACAAUCUCAGCGUGCGGGGAAGAGCCAGACAGAUUUUGACCACUAUUGAACAACAGUCGCAACGACAACACCAUCUUCAUCCGCCACCGCAAACAAAUAAUACCAGAAAAGUGCAACCCGAUCCACCCACCAACCCGAUAGACAGCACUCGGGAAAGAGAAUCGUACAAUAUUACUACAAAUAAUAUUCACCCACCACCACAAAUAUCACCUCCCAAAACAACGGCACCCGUGGUACGAGAAGAACGAGUCGAGCAACCCUGUUUUUCCAAACAAAGUGGCAUUCAAUUGCUCCCUCAGGACCAAAUGCUGGUUCCUCUGUCGCGAGGACAAAAGGGCCAUUUGUUGCUGGAUUUUGGCAAAUUUACUACUCAUUCCGACAACAAUAAUAAGAACGAUGGUGUCAUCUCGGUGGCCACGGUCAAUGCGGCGGGGGAGAGGGGAAUCAGCCAUACCUUGAGAUUGGAAGAUGCACUCGCCUAUGUGGACGAAGAAAAUCUCAACAGCACUGCUGGGACGAUUCGGACCAAGGGCUUGUCCUCCUAUGAGGAGGAUUCUGGGGAGUACCGCAUUUCUAGGAGGGCGUGUCGGCUGAGUGCGUUGGGUGUGGUCUGUUUGAUGGCUCUAGUCGUUGGCAUGACGGCUGGGUUGGUGGUGUUGUCGAUUUUGCUUUCACAAGCAAAUAGUGAUCAAGAAGAGAAUGUCGUCAAUGUAUUUGAAGAUGACUUUUACGCCGACUACUUCAAGCAAGAUCCUCCUCCUCCUCCAUAGCAACAACAAGAAUAACCUUUACCUAGAUACAUGUAGCUACGCAGUGAUUGCCACUAGGCAGAGCAAGACGCGAAAGACACGUUCAGUGUGUUGCGAAGAUGACUCGCUUUACGCCGACUGCCAUAGAUAAGAUGCCCUCCUCCUCCAUAACGUAGCAACGGGCAUAAUCUAGUCUUCGCCGCUGGCUGGCUGGCUAGGCCAAUCACAAAAUGGUUGG